AUGCCACGAGCUAAGCUUCGACUCUACUUCGACAUGAGAUCAGGCUUCACCUACCUCGCAUACGUAGUGACGCGGAGAUCCAGCGUGUUUACAGAAUGCGAUAUAUCGUAUGUUCCAGCCGAUAUGUACGCCUUGUGGAAGACCUGCGGCAAUCCUGGGGCAUGGACGACCAAAAACAAGCCAGAGUGGAUCGUGAAGUCUUCUGCCCUUUGGGCUCGCAAGUUCAAUAUUCCAAUGAAUUUUCCGCCUGAAGGAUUUCCCAAAGUCUCCACCACGCCGGUACAGCAGGCGUUGUGUGCAGUGGACGUUGAAUGUCCUGAAAAGAUGCCGGACGUUUUAGACGUCAUUUUCGACCCGUUCUGGGUUCAGCAGAAGCCGGUCUUUGACAUCCCAGUCUUUACCAGGACAUUCGAGGAAGUACUUGGUGCUGAGUUGGCACGCAAGGUUCUGUCGACUGCGGGGACGGACGAAGUCAAAGGCAUGUUGGAAGAGAACACAGCGUCUGCCUUCAAGGAAGGAGCGUUUGGCUUGCCAUGGUGGGUUGCAGAAAAUCCGGCUGGAGAAAAAGAAACCUUCUGGGGCAUCGACCACAUGGGCCUGGUCGUGGACCAUUUGGGUCUGCAAAACCCAACUGCUGAAUCGAUGAGCGGAGGAGGAUGGGGUGUCAUGCUCUAG